GUCCAAUAGUUUUUUUAGUUAUACUUGUAGAAAUGUACAAUUACAAUAUUAAUAAUAGCCUAGACACGAAUCGUGAUAAUAAUACAUAAUAAAUCUAUUGUCAGUCAUCCUUAAAUAAACGCAUACACUUUCGAUCCACCGUCUAUUAUCAGCAAUCCGUUAUCUAUCCGUUUUCUUUAGAAAAAUUGCAUUAUUGAAUUAUUCACGAGAACCACGCGAUUACAAUUAUAAUAUUAUAUAUAACUUUGACAUUUAUUGCGAUACGAAUGUAUUUGAAAGAUUAUUUCGCAUAUACCUUUGGGAAAUGUGGGGAUUUCAUUUUUUAGAGACAACAAUAUAAUAUUGUACCUACAUAAUUGAUUCCCACGUUGCCGAUACAUUUUUCUCAGAUAUAUUAUAAUGUAUUAUAGUAUUGAAAACAAAUUGUUUUUCGCUAGGUACUAUUAACGCCGACACACGCACUGGAACCGCUCAAACAUAGGCGUCGCCGAAUUGGCAGCGUCGAAAUUGCAAAAUCGAUAUCGACAAAAAGGUCCGUUCCCCCCGUGCAAGUAUAAAUCAAUACCGUUAUCGUCAUGUUAUUUAUUCCUGUGCGGUAUACCGUAUGUACCUUUGGUAAAUCACCUUUCGUCCCGAUUAAACCGGGGAGAUAUAUGUGUACAAUGUACAUAGUCAUGUACAAAGUACAUUACCGCAAUAAUAAUAUAAACGAUAAUAUUAUAAAAUGGGUUUUAAUAAAUUUAAAAAAUAAACAAAUUACUAUAGGUGCACCUUGUGAUGUUGAAUAUUCACGGGUAGUAUAUUUGUUGUAUAAUAAUCUUUCAUAAUUUCUGUCCCAACAACGCGUUUGUACACUCCUAAACGAUGAAUAUUAUAAUAAUAUUUCAUUGUUGUUUUAAUCCCCUCGCCAAACGAUAUAGGUAUACGGUACCUAUUUGGUUAAUUAUAUUUUAUUCUACGAUUGUUAUCCACUUAAUAUAAUAUAAUGUAUGUACUAUGUAUAAUAAAUAAUAAUUAUCAAUUAAAAAAAUAGUACAUUUUCAAUAUUACGGUCAAACGAUUUCAUAAAUUCUCGCACCGAGUAAUUAAAAUGUUAAGAAUACAAAGAACAAUACAAUAAUAGAUAUAACACAUAUUACAUCCACCGACCGCGAACAGAAAUGAGUACAAUUUCAGGAAGAAAAACAAAUUUAAAAAUCAUAACACGAAACAAAACCCAUAACAAUUAUAAUAAUAAUGAUGUGAGAAAAGCGAUUAGGCGUGAACUUGUUUUAAAAUUUAAACAAACCUUUGUGAGUGCCAGAUUCAUUAUAAUAAUAUAAUAAUACACUUAUUAUUGUAUUAACUUUCAAUACUCAGUUUAAUAUGUAUACAAUAAAUAGUAUUGUAGUUUUUUCAUGUAUAACAUUCAGUCAUUGACAAAAUCAUUUGUAAUUAUAACGUUCGGAUUAUCUGCAUCACGCGGCGUCAACAGUUGAUAAUCCCUUGAAAAACUUUUUCGCUCAGCACAUAAUACCUAUAAUAAUUUACGCACACAGAUUUUUUUAUGCGAGUUAUUACGGUUUUUUUUUUCCCCAGAUUUAAGUACUUUUUCCGAGUCUGUGUUUUUUCACCCACGCCGUCUGAAGGGUGAAUAUUAACGCGCACGCUUUCGACUCCCGAAUUCGAAUAAACUAAAGACGUAGACGAUGAUAAAUUAUAUGUACACCGAUAAUCGGGUUGUAUAUUAUAAAGCUGCUAUACGUCGAACUCAAGCUACAGAUCAUUCGUUCAAAAUACGUUAAGGAGAUUAUUAUUAAUUACCACUCUGUCACUAAAUAUACAAGUCUAUAUCUAUACAAUAUGCCAUUAUUUUUACUAAAACUUAUUUUUGGGUUCACGCUCCGAAUCAUGCAUAUUAUAACUGAGAUUUUUGAAUACUAGUUUAUUUUGAGUACAUCGGUGGCCCUUAAAAUAUCUUUUUAUAUUAUUUAGUUUUUCGAUUUUUAGAACGGCACAAGAAAUCCGUCUACUUCAGUUCCGGUGCUGACAGGCCACACCGUAAAUAAUACGUAAUGUUAUACAUACUGCUGCAUUAGUAGUAUUAACAUAAAUAUGUUUUUGGGAUGAAUACAAGAGCAAUUCAUGUUUCUGACCGAUUUUUCGUGAGGUUUUCGUUGUCAUGGUUACUUAUUGACAAAAACAUAAUAUCUAUCAUUCACAUUCAAAAAUAUCGAGUGGCGUGCUAUGGUUUUGUAUGUUAUGCGUCAUACACGCAUCGCCGCCACUGACCUUGGACCAUCCCAGCUGUUGCUGCUUUUGCUUCAGCUGACCGCGAUGGCCGUCCUGACGGGCAGCGUGGACAGGCGUUAUGAUCACCACUUGCUGGGCACGAGCUUGGUGUGGAACAGUUCUUACGACCCACGAGCUGUCAUCCACAGUCGGUUUCAGAUGACCCGAGCCGGGCGCGUGAUAGUCGUGUCCCCGCGCUUCCGGCCCGGCGUCCCGUUCACAUUGGGCUCGUUCCGAACCGCUGGAACCGGGGAUAGGUGUAUCGUCGAACCGGAUGUGCUGCCACUGCCUUUUACGCCCCACGCGCACCAGGCCAAAACUCGGACAUCGCCGGCAAGCAAAGACUCGGCCCCGGCCCCGCUCGUCAAUGUCAUCGACCUCAGCAUCGAAGACAUCACUGACGUGGUGUGGUUGUUGGACGCGGGCUUGGUGGACACGAUGACCGGCAGUCCGAGACGUGUUUCCCCGGCUAAGGUCGUCAGGCUGGAAAUUGACGACGAUCAGGACCACCGAGGACCGCCAAAGUCGUCGUACAAGACGUUCGAGAUCAAGACAGUGGCGGCCGAUACCGCGGACGAUUGCAGCGAGGCCUCGUCGUGUUUGCAGUACAUCGUGACGUACCGUUCUCGGACUGGAGAACGCAACCAUUACGCUUUCGUAUCAGAUGCAGCCCGAAGUACGGUGCUGGUGCUCAACACGGACACGGGAGCCCAGUGGGCCAUGGACUUUCCACAAAAGGCGACGGGACACGAAGCGGCGCCGCGGGAUAUAUUGUUCAUGGUGCUUCUGCGGAUGGCCAACGGUCAGACAUGGCUAUACACCACGUUCAUGUCCGGUUGCAAAGUGUUCGCCGUCGACCUCGAGUACAUCGAUCGGUGUACGUUGGACGGGGCCCAGCCAGCGAUUGUCGAAGUGGGACACAAACCGUACCGGAUCACGGUGCUCGGUACGGACACCGGUAGCCGUAUGUACUUCCGACGGCCCACCGAGAACGAAAUAUGGGCGUGGGACGCCAACUAUGGCCCAUUUCACCCCCUUGGCUUCAAACUGGUGUCCAAGGGAACGGACUGCCGGGCCCCGGUGCACGUGGCCCCCGGCUACGGUGGUUUCAUUUACGUGCUCAAGAACAACUUUGCCGACUACGUGCGCAAAAGCACCGGUUCGAUGGGUGCUUACAGCCUCAUACACCCUGUGAUCACGUUGCCCUCGUACUGUUCGAUAUCCACGACUACCGCGGUGCCGUCCAAAGCCGAUGGUUGCGUGUGUCCGCUGACUUGACCUGAUAUUUUCGUCGACUCCAAUAACUAUAUAAUUUUAUAUUUUCGCCUCUCGCUUUUCGCUUUUCUGCACAAUUUAUUUAUUUUUUCCGUUUCCGAUGUCUUUUAAUAAUAAUAUUAUUUUGAUCGAUUUCAUUGAGGUUUUGAAUCGUCAAUAUAAUCGGUCUACAUUUUCUCCCAUCUUUCGUUUAUAAUAUAUAGUAUCUAGAAUAAACUCCAACCCGUUGUCCUACAGGCAAUAACUGUGGUAGGUUAUUAUUGUAACUGAACCGUGCUUUCUGAACACCGAUUUUUAGUUAAUAAGUUAUAGCCAUUAAUAUAUUAUACAUAAUAAUUAUUAUAACUUCAUAAUAUAUUAGUAUUUAUACCGCGUCAUGAUUUAUGAGGCGUACCAUAACAUAAUAAAUACAAUUUCGGAAUUUCAAAGGUUCUUUUUAUGAUAAAAUAUUAUUGUUCUAACCGUAAAAAAUCAUGUUGUUAAUCUAAUUACUCUACAUCAUUAAAUUUAUAAUAUUUGCAUAAUAUUAUAAUAAACUGAUUUACAAGCGGUGUACAACUAUUAAAAUAAUAUCAUCUAUAUUAUGUUGUGUUGUGUAGAUCAAAGGUUCUUAAACUUUUUUUUUUAUGAUCUACUUAUAAGUUAUAAGCGUAUAUCACGAAUUAGUCAUAUACUUACCACUAAUAACUAACGUUGCCUUUUAAAAUUAUUUUUACUCAAAAUAUUAUCGCAUGUGUCGCGUAAUAUAAUAGUCAAUUGAAAUUCAAGAACUGAAAUAACUAAUAAGUAUGAUAAUGACUGUACACACUAUAGGUAUACAUACUUAAUAUAAGUACUAAAACAUUCAAGUCUUAUUUUGCAUGCCAGUUCAAGUGUGGUUGGAAAAAAUUAGACGAUUACAUUUUUAUAAAUAUUUAUGAUAUUUUAUAUCGUUAUAUUAUAUUAUUAUAGAAUAAUAAAUAACAAAUAAUAAUAUAUACUAAUAAAAAAUUCUACAUUCUACGUUUGAUUGUGGUAAUAAUUGUCAUUGAAAAAAAAUUUUUGGACGUGGUGUAGUGGGUCAAAUUAUUGGCAAUCGAACAAUUCGGUCACGAGCGGGUGCCCGAUAUUGAGUGGUUGACCAUAAUUUUGUUAUCUAUCGAUUACCUCUGUUAGAAAUUAAGAAUAUGUUAUAAUUAAAAUCUUUAUACUCGUAUAAUUUGUAUGUAUAACAUAUGCGUCUAUCAAGCAGUAAGUACUUACGAUCGGUAAAAAAUGUUGUUUAUAGUCACAUGGAUCUUAUUAAAUCGAAUUUACUUUUAGUAUCGUUGAUGACAAUCGAUUUUCUCUCUUACUCUUAAGUUGGUAGAUAAUACGACAGGAAUUUAUACAAAAAAUUAUGAAUAUCUCAAUGAAACUUGAUUGUAGUGCAGACGAUGGAUCCGUCUGAAAAGUGCCGGGAAGUUUUUCGCGUGGUUUUAGCAAUUAAAAUAUAAAGGAAAAACCGUCUUAUCGAAAUAUUUUACACUUAUUGUGGACUAAAACAUUUUUAAUAUCGCGAUAAUAACACGUCUUAUCCGAAAUGCGUCGCACGAAAUAGGUCAAUCGUUUUAAUUAUUUUUUUCCAAGAAUACCUAUAUAGCGAAUAGCGUAUAGCGUAUAGCGAAUAACGUGUAUACAGUGAUAAUAUUGAUUCGUUAAUAACUAUCACGUUCAUCAUGGAGAUUUCAUAUCGUGUCUCUACGGAAGAUGAUCAAUUUAUAAUAUAUUAUUAAAUAAUUAUCAAACAAAUUUUGUUUUCAGAACAUUCACAGACGUCAUUAUUUUCGUCUAAUAUAAUAUUAUAAUAUAGGUAUACUACCCUCGUUGCUUACAGGAAUCUAUAUAAAUUGUUACCUAUAGAUAUUACAUUCGUUCUCAACAGAGAAAGGUGGAAAGACUUACUUGUGGCAGCUCAGGCCCUUCAAGGACCGUUAAGCUGAAGAAAGAAGAAGAAGAAGAUAUUACAUUCGUUACAGUACCUACCGAUUUACAUAUUUUCUAAAAUUGGGCGUACACCUAGAUUCAAAAAUGCUGAUAUUGUGUCGAGUGACUUUACAUUUGAAAGCAAUGAUAAAUUUUUGUACUCGAAAAACGAUUCUGAAUGAAUCUCAGCUUAUCCGAAAGUGGUUGUCACUAUAAUAACACACUUGCCGGUCAAGAUUUAACUAAAUCCACAAAGCAUAAUAUAUUUUUACAAUAUUUCGAAAUAUAUUAUCUAUAAACCAUCAAAUUACCUAUCACUAUAAAAUAACAGUAAAAUAAAAAUGGAAAAAGCACAAAUAACGUCAAAGCCACAAUAAAAACCAUAGUAAUAUUAUCUUAGCUCUGAUCGUUCAGGUGAAUAAAAUAAUAAAUUACUACUAAAAAAUAUUUGUCUUUCUGUGAUUUUCACAACUAUAUAAUAAUAUAAGUAGAUAUUAUAUGCAUAAUAUAGGUGCACCUACAUUUGUUUUAACAAUGCCGCAAAAACGAGUUGUUUCAACUGUUUUUGGCGUUUGUUCAAAUCAUAUAAAACAACUAACAAGCAAAAAGCAAACUGACAUGGACGUUUAGUGGUUUAAUUUAAUUUACCUAUAUAUAUAAUAUAUGCCACUGGACACUAUAUUUUCAGCUGUUAUUUAAAAAAAUUGAUUAAAAAAAAAAUCAAUAAAUUACACAAUUAAGGUAGUAAGUAAUUACAUAAUAUUCUUAAAAUUAU